AACUCCUCGACCGACAUCAGAUCAGCUUACAUGGGAGCUGUCUUUCUCGAGCCCCCGCCGACCGAAGUCGGUGCUCCGAUCCCUGCAAACACUCCUCAUGCCGUCUCGGUAACGUUGCCGACGUGGAAGGCCAACGUCGCAUAUGAAGAAGGCGAGGAAUGGGUUGUGGGCAAGAUGCGUAACGGAUACCCUCGGUUCUUUAUCGAUUCCCGAAUCCAACAUCUCACCAAGAUCUGCCUGGAAAGGUUUGGCAAUGAUGGCGAAAAGGCUAUGCUUUACCCUUCACGAAGGGUUGCUGAAAGGUCGCGAGAGUUCAUCCUUGCCAAAACCCCUGCCGACGCGCCUCCUCUGGUUCGGAUCGUGGAAUUCACCCGGCAGUGUUCGCCGACCGAAGAUGACAGAACUACAGCUGGACCUGUAAGACUGUUCAUCGUCCUGUUCCCUGCGGAGUUAUAUUCGAUCGCGAAGCAGUUCUGGCAGCAUACUGGCGAUGGUGUAUCCAGUCGCAUGGCGGAAUAUUUCCUGCAUACAGACAAUCUUCCAUCGCGAGAAAUCACACCACUAUCUGCAGCAGAGUCACCGCUGCGAGCGGAUAAGUUCUCCAAAGGACCUUACAGGUUUAAACAUUAUUCGCGAAGAAACACUGCUGAAAUCUCGGCGACCGUUUCCAGCACUACGCCGGCGCUGUCGUCGCCUACUGUGGAAGAAUCGCAAGGUGAGGUGCAAGAUGGGCUGAGUCGUGAGCACAUGCUGUACGUUGAAGAGCGUUAUGGACGCAAUCUGAACACUAGCUUUGCUGGGCAGGCUAAGGCGGCGAUGAGGAGGCGAAUCGCGGGCGCUUUGUCUGAGAAUGUGGAUUUGGACACAGCACUGGCUUCGACCCAGUCUGGAGAACCUCAGCAGCAUGUUAGACAACGCUCUGCAAACGGCCUGUCCGAGAGUGACGUAUACUUGUUCCCUUCUGGUAUGAGCUCGAUCUUCAACACGCACCGUGUACUUUUGUCUACAUUCCAACCGCGAAAGUCUGUCUCGUUCGGCUUCCCUUACACUGAUACCCUGAAGAUUCUGCAGAAAUGGGGUCCCGGGUGUCAUUUCUAUGGCCGUGGGUCCUCUGAGGAACUUGACGAGCUUGAAAAGCUGUUGGAAUCUGGUGAACGCAUCCUCGCCUUGUUUUGUGAGCUUCCUUCAAAUCCCUUGCUGAUGUCGCCCGAUCUCAUCCGCCUGAGGGCUCUGGCCGACAAGUAUGAUUUCUUCAUUGUGGUGGAUGAGACAAUUGGCAACUUCGUCAAUGUGCAUGUGAUGCCUUUCGCAGAUAUCGUUGUUAGCAGCUUGACGAAGGUAUUCAGUGGAGACAGCAAUGUCAUGGGUGGCAGCAUGGUUUUGAACCCGGCCGGCAGACAUUAUCAGGAGCUCAAGGACGCUGUCGCCAACGAUUACGAGGACAUUUACUGGCCUGAAGAUGCCAUCUUCAUGGAAAGAAACAGUCGCGACUAUCUGUCCCGAAUCAAGCGCAUCAACUACAAUGCUGAAGCUCUUGCCGACAUGGUUGUGAAGCAUCCAAAGGUGAAGCAGGUGCACUACCCUAAAUACAGUACGUCACGUGCCAAUUACGACGCCGUGAAGAACCCGGAAGGAGGUUAUGGUGGCCUCAUGUCGAUUACUUUUCACACGAUAGCAGAUGCGCAAGUCUUCUAUGAUGCCCUACAUACCGCGAAGGGUCCGAGCUUGGGAACGAAUUUCACCCUCAGCUCUCCGUAUACCCUAUUGGCUCACUAUCUAGAGCUCGAAUGGGCGGCGCAAUACGGUGUUGAUGCAGCCCUGGUGCGUGUCAGCGUGGGGCUGGAGCCAACAGACCUUCUGCUACAAAACUUUGCGAACGCUUUGAAUGCGGCACUUUAGGGAUUGAUCACCUAG